UACUCUGAGUUUGGUUUAAGUAUCACGUGGUAACUUCUUUUUAAGGGGUAGGGUUCGGGGGUGAUCAGAGGCGUAACAGAGGUAGGAGAAUGGUGGACUGCUGCAAAACAGAGAAAUUUGAGUUGCAUGUUCCGAAACUGGAAGAAUUGUGUGAAGUUCUGCAGGAUGGCCUGAAAAAGAACUUCGCUGACACGAAAGUCAGUGUGGUGGACUGUCCCGAUCUUUCGGAGGAUCCGUUUAGAUUUCCUGUUAAGGGACUGUGUGGUAAACCUCGAAUAACGGAUGUUGGCGGUGUUCCCUAUCUGGUUCCUCUGGUACAGCUGGAUAAGGUGUACAACAUGAACACUGUUGCCAAAGAGGUAGAACUGCCCGGAGCUUUCAUUCUGGGAGCUGGGGCUGUCUCUUCGAAAGCUGUAGGAAUGAAUGCAGAACUGAUGCCUCUGGUUCUCACUGAAUCGGGGGGGAAGCCAGCUGUGAACAGCAGCUACCUUUCCUCCAUUAAACCCGGUGAAGGGACGUGCCUGCUGGAGAAAUACAGCGACAAAUACUCGGACUGCGAUUUCGGACUUCUGGCCAACCUGUAUGCGUGUGAGGGCAAGCCAGGGAAGGUCCUGGAGGUGAAGGCCAGCAGACGGACGGGAGGAGACAGUCUGGUGACGUGCUUGAGGAAAACCUUGGCGAAUCACUACAGCGACAAAAGCCUGGCUCUCGGGGGAACCUUCGUAAUACAGAAAGGGAAAGCCAAAAUUCACAUCAUGCCGCGGGAGUUUUCGGCCUGCCCUCUCAAUAGCGACGAGGACGUGAACGAGUGGCUGAAGCACUUUGAAGUGAGCGCGCCUCUCGUCUGCCAGUCUGUGCUGGUGUCCAGGGACCCCGGUUUGGACCUGCGCGUGGAGCACACUCACUGCUUCAGUCACCAUGGCGAGGGAGGACACUACUACAUCGACACUACGCCGGACACCGUGGAAUACCUGGGCUACUUCCUGCCCGCCGAGUUCAUCUACCGCGUUGAUCGCCCCAAGACCACCCACGUGAUUGGACGAGAUUGAGAAGCAGGAGCAGGUCAUGGACACAAAAGCAAGCAGAAGAACUGAAGGAACAGCCUCUAGAUGUGACUGAGAAGGACUAUGCCAAAAGGACAAAAAACAUUUUUUUUAAGAGCGUACUGCUUCCAAAAUCAGGCUUCCUGCUUACAUAAAAUAAAUAUGAUCACGUUGAGCUGAGACAUUUGUGUCUGCAGGCUCUAAUUACUGUAUCUUUUUUUGAACUGCAACAUGCUACUAAUUGUACUUCCUCCAAGUCCUGUUUUUGUCUUACAGUGCUUCUGAUAUAUCCACAGGAAUAUCUUGCCUUUUCCUUGUAUCCCACUCACCCCUAGUGUAGAUGUGGGGUCUGUAACCCAGUCUCAACAAAUAGGGUUUUAAAGCGAUUGUUGAUGUCCCUGGGACGGUUUAUUAUUAUUAGAAAAAGUAGCCUACAAACUGCUCAUAAUGUGUAUUGUACACAACAAACGUUUAACCUUAAUUCCAGAUAGCUAAAUUGGUCAAGUAAUAAUUUGUUCACUUGCCCAAAAUGUGAAUAAAUAUAAUAACAAUA